AUGAGGCCCGUUUCCGACGACGAGUCGGUGAUUCUGAUUGUCUCCCCAAAAUUUGCCACAGUACAUGAUCAUGUUUCCUUCCAAUGGAGUUUGAAGAUACACGGUACAACCGGAAGGAUAACUGCAUCAGAUGAUGAUAUAGAAGAAGAUGAUGAUCUUCCCUCGAAUUACGUUGCCGUUGAGCUAUACUUUGUUGAUGGACCAGUUAGUCAGGUGGAUCUUCGCGCUGUUGUUCGUGUAAUGCAAAAGGAUGCAAUGGCCGAAAAACCGGAGAUGGUUGAAGAACGUAGUACGAUAUCGAUGCAACGCGGGCGCUGUUGUGAAAUAACUGACAAGGAUCGUACUGAGGUUUCUGACUACCUCAAGGGAAAUGUUGGGGGCGUUGUGAAGGUGUCAGUUCUGAUUAAGAUGGACGCAAAACUAUUUGAUCCGUAUACAUAUCUAGACAAAGUCUCCCCUACUCCUCACAAAUCCUUUCUAACGACCAACUAUAAUGCGCGAGUGAAUAGCAAAGUUUGGAGGAGACGAUCGAGAAAGAAAUCGGUUAAAGAAGAUAACGGAAAAGUCAGCAAAAAAGACAAGAGCGAUAUUGAGUUGAAAUUUGCGGAAGUGUUGGAACAGGAACGAAAAUUGGCUCAAGACCCUAACCGUCUACGCGUAUCUGCGCCAUCAUCGAGACGAGGAUCUACGCAGACUUUGUUGAGCAAUCAUCAUAUCCCGGAUCACGAGCAUCUUUUCAAAAAGCUGCUUGUCAAUUGUUGUGAUUCUUGUGAACGAAGACGUGGCUCAUUUUUCUACGACAGUCGGACAGAAGACGAAUCAGAAGACGGUGCUGAGGAAUCUGAUACGAGUGAAGAAGAAGAGGAGAGAUGUUUUGAAUGUCGCGACAGCGAGAAAAUGCACAUUCAUGACGUGGGUAAUUCAGACACGUGUGUCAAACCCUACCCGUAAUU